AUGUCCGGAUUGGAGUGGGAAGGAGGAGGUGGGGACGAGAUGGGGAUGAGAUCACUGGAAGGCUGCGAUGGCGAGCUGUUGGAAGAGGCUGGUGGGGCAGAUGAUGGGGAGGAGUGUGGAUCGCGGGAGGAAGGAGAGGGGGAGAAGGAGGAGGAGGAGGAGGAGGAGGAGGAGGAGGAGGAGGAGGAGGAGGAGGAGGAGGAGGAGGAGGAGGAGGAGGUGAGAGUGGUGGAGGAGGAGGGGGGUGGAGGAGUGGAGGGCUGGUGUGCAGUGAGCGGCACACACAGCGCGGAGAGGGGUGAGGACCAAUGCGGCACAGGAGUGGAUGGUGUGUUGACACAGGAGGGCAUGGUGUGCUGGUGCGCUAGCGAGAGGGCGCGGAGGCAAGCACCCGGUGGGUGGCAGGGGCCAAUGGGGGAAGACAAGGCAGUAGAAGGAGAAGGCUGUAUGACAGAGUGA